AUGAUAUAUUAUUUAUGUAGAGGAGCAAAAUAUUCACCAAAAGAAAGUGAAAAAUUAAUUUACUUGAGUGAUAAAUUAAUUGAGAUUUAUCAAUCAAAAAAAAUAUGUAGAAUUGAAAAUAAUAAUGAAAAAUGUUAUCAUGGUGAAACGGGCUUGAAAAAUAUCAUGAAAAUAUCAAAAAAUGAAAGUGAAUUAAGAUGGGCAUGGACAUCAUGGAGAAAUGAAAUGAGUGAUGUUAAAAAAAUAUAUUUACAAACAAUUAAUUUACAAAAUAAAGGAUCAAAUAAAAAUGGAUAUAAAAAUACUGGUGAAAUUUGGCGUGAAGAAAUGAAUAUGAUAAAUGUUGAAAAUUUAGCAGAUAAAUUAUGGAAUGAUAUUAAAAAUUUUUAUCAACUUCUUCAUGCUGUUGUUAGAUUUAAAUUAGCAAAAAAAUAUCCGGAUUUUAUUGAUCCAAUUGGACCAAUUCCCGCUCAUUUAUUAAAUGAUUUAUGGUCACAAAAUUGGAUUGGUUUAAUUGAUAUUAUUUUUCCAAAUUCCACUGAUACACUUGACAUUACAAAAAAACUUUUAGAUAAAAAAUAUACAGUUAUUGAUAUGGCAAAACAUGCAGAAGAUUUUUACAUGUCAAUUGGCUUUCCUCGAAUGACUGAUGAAUUUUGGAAUAAUUCAAUAAUGACAAGGGUCAAUGAGACAAAUAGUAAUUGUCAUGGAACAGCUGUUAAUAUGUUUGAAAAAAAUGAUUUUAGAAUAAUGGGAUGUUUUAAUGUUAAUGAAGAAGAUUUUCAUGUUAUUCAUCAUGAAAUGGGACAUGUACAAUACUACAUGGCUUAUGAAGAACAACCACCAAUUUUUAGGAAUGGAAUUAAUUCUGCAUUUCAAGAAAGUAUUGGAGAUGCAAUUUCACUUGGUGUUAUGACACCACAACAUCUUCAACGACUUGGUCUUGCUAGUGAUAAAAUAUUAACUCAUGAUUUUAUAAUUUUACUGCGACAAGCAUUGGCUAAAAUUCCACAAAUUCCAUAUGCAUUGGCCAUGGAAAAAUGGCGUUGGAGACUUUUUGAAGGUAAUAUUAAUCCACAAAAUUUAAAUGAUGCAUGGUGGAAAAUUUAUCAUGACUUCAUGGGUAUUAAACCACAAGAAACAAGACACAAUUAUUUUGAUCCAACAGCUAAAUUUCAUGUUGUCAGUAAUACACCUUACAUCAGAUAUUUUUUUGCUUAUUUUUUACAAUUUCAAAUAUUUGAAGGAAUGUGUAAAGUAGCUAUUACUGGAAAAAUAAAAAAUGAUGAAAAUUUUUAUAUUCCACUUCAUAAAUGUGAUAUUUAUGGUUCAAAAAAAUCUGGUCAAUAUGCUAAAACUGUUAUGGAAAUGGGUAGCAGUCUUGGUGUUACUGAGGCGCUUUUUCGAUUGACAGGAUCAACGAAUUACAGCUCAGAAUCAUUAUUAAAAUAUUUUGAACCAGUUGUAAAAUAUUUACAAAGUGAAAUUGAGCAUUUUAAUAUUCCAAUUGGUUGGAAUUAA